AUGGCUGACCUCUUGUAUCCCCAGCGCAUGGAGCAACCUAUCGUCGACUUUCAAAAAUGGCUGCGCGAUUAUCGGCUCCCUGGCUGGUGUGGAAAUCCAUCGCAGACGCAACAUGUUCGGUAUUUUGUACCCCGUGCGCCUUUGAGAGAAUAUCUAUCGCAGGAGAGAGUUCAGGAUUUGCUCGAGGCUGUUCUGGGAGACCACCACGACUACCAGUCGUCUCAGGACAAGAAAAGGGCCAGGGCCAUUCAUCACAAGUGUUGCGUUGUCUUUGCGAUACUCAUCUCGAUCGAUCUGGGACAUCACAUCAUGGAAUUUUAUCGACACCAUGGUGAGUUAGGCGAUGAAACCCUUUCUUCUUUCCACGAGCAGCCACCGAAAGCUUUCCCAGGGACCGGGGAAGACUACAAAAGAUUUCGUUAUCAGCAACAAAGCUUCUGUCCACUGCGGAUCGACGACGAUAUCCCGAAUUUUGUCGAUCAGAAUUUGGUGCUGCCAAUGACCGAAGAAUUCAUUGGAGAAGGAGUGAGUGCGUACGUAUUCAGAGUUGUGGUACACGAUGGGUACAACGACAUCAAGCCGCGCUGGCACUCCGGGCCUGACGCCGCCAGCGUCGAGAACCAUCGAGCUAACAACGUCUUUGUCGUGAAAAGGUUCACAGUCGACAAGAACCAAGAUGCAAAGAGACUGUACGAGCGCGAGGUGACAGCGCUUGACAAGCUCCGGAAGGACGACGGCCCGGACCCAAACCUUAUCAUCGGGUAUCUAGGCGCUUUCGUCAUUACCGCUGACGGCCACCCACAAUCCUACAACAUUCUCUUGGAGUAUGCGGACUGCGGAAACCUCAAUGACUUCCUCCACGAUACUAAGCGCCUACAUCCCAAAAACUUCGUAGAGUUAUGGGAUUUCUGGCAGAAGCUGUUCGAUCUCCUCAAGGCAGUUGAUCGCAUCCACAGGCUGGGUCACGAAGAUGAGCCCCUCCGCUUCGCCGCAUAUCAAGGGGUUCACCACGACAUCAAGCCAUCCAACAUACUCGUCGUCAGCGACCGGAGUCAGCCCGAAUCUUCCUUCCCCUUCCGCUUCCUGCUGGCUGAUUUUGGGCUUGCCAGUGUUACCAAAUUGAAUGACCGCGGCCAACACGCUACCACGUCAGAUCCACAUGGCACAAGUAUUUAUGGAGCGCCUGAAACUGCUCGUAAACCCUGGGCCCAUAGAUGGCAUCUGGAUGUUACCCGAUUGGUUGAUAUAUGGUCGAUUGGUUGCAUCUUCAGUGAGGCCCUCACGUGGUCCGUCCUUGGGCUGGUCUACCUCGAUGCGUACCAACGCCAACGAGCGCAGCAAGAUCAGAAUGACGGACCGCGUUUCCACGACGGCCAAAGGGUCCUCGCAGUAGUAACCAACCAACAUCAGGAAUGCUUACAGUCCAUCAGACAAGGCAAUAUCUUGAUCAAUGAGAUUGUUCAACUCCUCGACCGUGAUAUGUUGGUCCCCUCAGGAGAAAGGGCUUCAUGUACCAUGGUACUUCACAGAGCGCUGAGAAUUCUCGAAACCCACAACCCACGACCACAAGAUGAGCUCCCAGAACCACCUCCACCAUUGAACCCACAGGACAUCCAUGGCACUGUACCCGGCACAGUGUUCGCUGUGGGAGGUCCCACUGAAAACGUCCCGACAAGCCCUCUUGCAUUGACACCUUUAUCGCCCCGGUCUCCGCAAAGUCCACCAGUCAUUGAUUCUGGGGUUAAGGGGGCUGAUUCCCAGGUGCAGCGUCCCAAAUCCACACCCAUACAAUCGACGCGAAAAGAUGAGCCGCCCUCGAUUUCCGUAGAGGAACUGGAGAAAUGGCGUUAUAACAAAAAGAUCAGGCACGAACAGGAUGUAAACAACCUGGACACACUUCUCGCACCUCUCAUUGACCGCGAUCUUGUCUUUAUCAUCGAUGAUUCAGUCAGCAUGCACGCGCAUUGGGAUAAGGUAGUCAGCCUUCUGAGAACCCUCGCCUACGCCAUCAAAGACUAUGAUGAGGAUGGCAUGGAAGUCGUCUUGAUGUCUGAUGGCAAAUCUUUCCAAGCAAAGCAUACCACAAAGCUAGUAGAAGGGGUCCAGCUUCGCCGCUCUGCAGCUACCACAAGGACUAACCCUCAGAAGCGACUCGGCGACUUGUUUCAGCAAUACGCAACUCGGUUGAAAGUGGCAAGGGGCUAUGAUGGCUCGCUGAGCAAGCGGCUGUCCCUGAAAUUGAAUAGUCAGAGUCCGAAGCUGCCAAAGCAAUGCAGCUAUUUCGUCUUCACCGAUGGCGUAUGGCAGCCACCUCCCCACAGCAAAGUCUCAAAACCUAUCAUUCAGCUGCUCCACGACCUGAAGGACGAAGACGAACAUCGAGUGGGCAUUUCAUUCAUCCAAUUCGGCAACGAUGAAGUCGGAACGAAGCGGCUGCGGUUCCUGGACGAAGGGCUCAAGCACAGCUAUGCCGUGUCAAAAGAUAUUGUAGAUUUCGAGCCGGCAGAUGGUAAUGUGUUAAAGAUGCUGCUAGGGUCGAUCGAGCCAUGGUGGGACGAGGUCAAUGAUUCAAAGGCGAUAGACGAGGACCUAUGGCUCGACGGGUGA